AUGGGCCAAGCUCAGAGACUGGCAGGCGCCUCUGCCUUGCUCUCUGCUGUAUCAAUAGUGACUGCGCAAUCUAGCUCGCACAUUACCUACCCAGGCCCGCCAUGGGUUAAAUCAGACUAUGCAACGAGUCCAGCCGUCUAUCCUUCUCCAAACGCAACCGGCCGCGGUUGGGAAGCUGCCUUCGCCCAAGCCUCCAACUUCGUCUCGCAACUCACGCUGGCUGAAAAAGCGCAACUCGUCACUGGCACGACAGGACCUUGUGUGGGCAACAUUGGACCAAUCCCACGCCUCGAUUUCGAAGGUCUUUGUCUACAGGAUGGCCCGUUGGCUAUUCGCGAAGCCGAUUAUGCUUCGGUCUUCCCUGCUGGGUUGACGGUUGCUGCGUCGUGGGAUAGGCAGUUGGCUCAUGUGCGAGGCCAACAGCUCGGUGAUGAGUUCAAGGAGAAGGGCGCGAAUGUUAUGCUUGGGCCUGUUGCUGGGCCUUUGGGGAGAAGUGGGUAUGGUGGGAGGAAUUGGGAGGGUUUCUCGCCUGAUCCAUACUUGACGGGCAUUUUGUUUGAGGAGACGAUUGUCGGGGCUCAAGAGUCUGGUGUGCAGGCAUGUGCGAAGCACUACAUCGGCAACGAGCAGGAGACUCAACGCAACCCAGACCAGAACGACGAUGGCGUAACAAUCGAGGCUGUCUCUUCAAACAUCGACGACCGUACUUUACACGAACUGUACCUCUGGCCAUUCGCAAACGCAGUUCGAAGCGGCGCGGCUUCGAUCAUGUGCUCGUACAAUCGCAUCAACGGCUCCUACGGUUGUCAGAACAGCAAGACAUUGAACGGAAUACUAAAAGACGAGCUUGGCUUCCAAGGCUACGUUGUCAGCGAUUGGGGAGCGACCCACAGUGGCUACCAAGCCAUUGCCGCUGGCGAAGAUAUGGAUAUGCCCGGUAACAUCAAUGGCAAUGCAGCGGCUUCAUACUUCGGCGGGAACAUCACGACCGGCAUCAACAAUGGCAGUAUCUCGACGGAGCGACUUGAUGAUAUGUGCAGGAGGGUCAUGACGCCGUACUUCCAUCUCAAGCAGCAGACGCAGUAUCCACAGGUCGAUGGUAGCUCGCCGGCAUUGAAUGGCAACGAUCCGUCCGAAUACAACUAUACCUUUACUCUGGGCCCUUCCAACGUCGAUGUGAGAGAUGGCCAUGCAAGGCUGAUCCGAGAGCUCGGUGCUGCUGGGAUCGUUCUACUCAAGAACAACAACAGGACAUUGCCGUUGAAGAGGCCAAGUAAUAUUGGUGUCUUCGGCAACGACGCGGGAGAUAUCGUCACUGGUCUCUAUCCUGGCAGCGAUGACGAUCUUCAAGACAUUGGCUGGGAAUAUGGCGUAUUGCCCGUCGGAGGCGGAUCAGGUACCGGUCGUUUCACAUACAUUGUCACCCCACUGGAGGCCAUCAAAGCGAGAGCGGCACAGCAGCACAACAAUGCACUCGUGCAGUAUGUGCUGAACAACACACUGGUCACGCAGAAUAAUGGCUUUGGCUCGAUUUUCCCCACGCCUCCAGAUGUCUGUCUCGUCUUCCUCAAGACGUGGGCUACCGAAGGCUACGAUCGAAGUUCCCUGCGGGCCGACUGGAAUGGAACUGGUCUUGUUGACACUGUUGCGUCCAACUGCGCCAACACCGUUGUGAUUACCAACAGUGGUGGUCUGAAUGUGCUGCCGUUUGCCAAUCAUCCAAAUGUGACGGCGAUUCUGGCUGCGCAUUUUGGAGGCCAAGAGCAAGGAAACAGUAUUGUUGAUGUCCUCUGGGGCAAUGUCAAUCCGAGCGGUCGCCUUCCUUACACUAUCGCUCUGCAGGAAAGCGAUUACGCCUUCGCCGAUAUCACAAAUUCUUCUGCUCUGCUGAACACAUCGGACCCCAAUGCAUGGCAAUCAGAUUUCAAAGAGCGUCUACUCAUCGAUUAUCACUGGUUUGACUAUUUCAACGAAUCCGUCCAGUACGAAUUCGGCUACGGCUUAAGCUACACCACCUUCUCCAUGGGCAAUGUUUCUGUCACCCGUACUGCGAACGGCAGCCUGUCCGCCUUACCUCGAAACAACACCAUCGCACCAGGUGGCAAUCCAGCCCUAUGGCAGAACGUCUACCGCGUGACCGCAAGCGUCCAGAACACAGGCCACGUCCCAGGCGCUGCCGUACCACAGCUCUACCUCGGCUUACCAGGUCCUUCCAAUGGCGACCCAACACCCAAGAAGGUCUUGAGAGGGUUUGAGAAGGUCAUGCUUCGACCGGGACAGAGCAGGACCGUGACGUUUGAUCUGACGAGGCGGGACAUCAGUUCUUGGGAUGUGGUUGCUCAGCAGUGGGCUAUCUUUCCGGGGAGUGUCAAGGUCUUUGCUGGGUUUUCGAGUCGGGAUGUCAAGGCGACGGCGUCGUUUGAGCCGUUGGGUGGUGGUCCUCAUGGGUAUUGA